AGCGGUGGAGAGAGGGUUAGCAGCGGGUCUUCUCACUUGUGUUCAACGUCCCUUACCUGCAAAGCAGUCCACAUAACACAAACAGAAAACACUCUUAUUUAUAUUUAUAUUUUCUUUUUAUAAUUCUUGCAUUCAAAGAGAGAGAAAAGAACAAACUACGCACUAAGCUUAAACAAGGAAUAAAGAAAAAAAAAAAGAGAUUACCAUGUUUAAAUAACAAAACAGAUACACAGCCAUAGCCACCCCCAACCCAACUCUUGUUUUAUCUCUCUCUCUCUCUCUCUAUUUCAAAUCUUGUCCAUGUACUGUGAUUGUUAAGUUCAAAUUCUGAAUGAAAAGAUUUUCAAGUCAUUAGGUUGCUUCUCACUGUCUUAUUCUUCUGGAAAUUCUACAACUGGGUUGGUUCUCUUUUCUUUUCUUUUGAAAAAUGGAUUCUUUGCUGAGAUAGCUAUUGGGUUUUGCAAUAAAGAAGAAGAAUUUAGAGACAGUAUAAACGAUACAAAAUUAAUAAAGAAAAUGUCUUUGAAGAGUAGAGGUGGGGAGCUGAAUUAUUCUUAUUCUUCUUCUACUUCUAAUAAAAGUGUUAUAUCACAAAGAUGGACCCUUUUCCUUUGCUUGUGUUGUUUCUGUGGUGGAAUGCUCUUCACCAAUAGGAUGUGGACAGUUCCCGAGUCUAAAAGUAUCACCCGGACAACUGCAAUGGAAGCUGAAAAAUUGAAGUUAGUUUCAGAGGGUUGUGGCAUUGAAACUUUGCAUCAGAAAGAAGUAAGACGCGACUCGAAGGAUAUUAUUGGAGAAGUGUAUAAGACCCAUAAUGCCAUACAGACAUUAGAUAAGACCAUUUCAAAUUUGGAGAUGGAAUUAGCUGCUGCAAGGGCAGCACAAGAGUCCAUACUCAGUGGCUCUCCUUUAUCAGAAGACUUGAAGAGUACCGGAUCAUCAGGGAAAAGAAGGUAUUUGAUGGUUGUUGGUAUUAAUACUGCUUUCAGCAGCCGGAAAAGAAGAGAUUCAGUUCGUGCAACAUGGAUGCCACAAGGUGAGAAAAGGAAGAAACUGGAAGAAGAGAAGGGUAUCAUCAUUCGAUUCGUCAUUGGUCAUAGUGCCACUUCAGGAGGCAUUUUGGACAGAGCCAUUGAAGCGGAGGACAAAAAGCAUGGAGAUUUCUUGAGGCUGGAUCAUGUUGAAGGAUACCUCGAAUUGUCUGCCAAGACAAAAAUAUAUUUUGCUACUGCAGUUGCUUUAUGGGAUGCAGAUUUCUAUGUCAAAGUUGAUGAUGAUGUCCAUGUGAAUAUAGCGACACUUGGAGAAACUUUAGUUAGACAUAGAAAGAAAUCACGGCUAUACAUUGGAUGCAUGAAAUCUGGUCCUGUCCUUAAUCAAAAGGGAGUAAGAUAUCAUGAACCUGAGUUCUGGAAAUUUGGGGAGGCAGGAAACAAGUACUUCCGCCAUGCUACCGGACAGCUAUAUGCCAUUUCUAAAGAUUUGGCUACAUAUAUAUCAAUAAACCAGCAUGUUCUGCACAAGUAUGCUAACGAGGAUGUUUCAUUGGGGUCUUGGUUUAUUGGACUUGAUGUGGAGCACAUUGACGAUCGGAGACUUUGCUGUGGCACCCCACCAGAUUGUGAAUGGAAAGCGCAGGCUGGCAACAUUUGUGUUGCUUCUUUUGAUUGGAGCUGCAGUGGAAUUUGCAGAUCUGCCGAUAGGAUUAAGGAGGUCCAUAGGCGGUGCGGAGAAGGUGAGAAUGCUUUGUGGAGUGCAACAUUUUAAGAGUUCUUUUGAGUCUUCCAAACUUAGGAGGAUCAUAAGCUAGUGUUAAAGAAUGAGCGUGCGGGUCUUUUUCUGUAUUAUUUUUGAGUAUAGAAAGAAAUGGAAUAUUACACGAGUAGUGCUAGAGAGACACGGAGAGAGUGAGCGCACAUCCGCGUGCGUGAAAGAGUGAAGAGGAAGAGUGACCCCUUGCUGUGUGGAUCUUUUCCAUUUUAGUAUAAGGAAAUAGAACCACAUUGAUGGGCAAGGAAAACAGGCAAAAUGCUGUCACCAUUCAACCAUUCUUUGAUGCUUAGAAAGCCAAUUUGUAAGUUAACAGUUCUAUGGCUAUCAAGCUAAUAAUAAAUACAAAUUCUUCUGGUA